AACGCUAAUGUCGCCACAAUGGCGAUCAGAACGAAAACUUUCUCGUUGCUGGGCCUAAUUGGUACUGUGGCUUGUGUGAUCGCGAUUGUGGUCUCCUUCGCGUCGGACCGAUGGGUCGUCUCCACGCAAAAGGAGGUCUCGGGAUUUCUCAACAUCGGACUGUGGUCAGCGUGUUUUUCGAAGUACAUGCCGCCUGCUUGGUCGCUGGUGUCGAAGUACUACGACGGCUGCUGGUGGUUACUGGACAGGGAGAUGGAUGACCUAAGACAUUUUCUCAUUCCAGGUCAGUUGCGUCUGCUUUGCGAGACCGACCCGAACCAAAGAAUAACAAUAUUAACUAUAUUAUAAUGUCCCCUUGCGUUUAAUCGUGUCGACAAUGUUCAUAUCAAAUCAGUAGGGCUACUUUUUUUUUUUUUUAAUGGGAAUCCAGUUAGCCUAAGCCGUUGUUUUUUUUAAUCUGUAUUCGUGAAAGCGUAGAAUCAUUUUUACCAUUUACGACCAGAUUUGCGUUUAAGAACAAUCCUUACCAUAUUUUAUCAGUCACACUGCUACUUGAUUGAACACUUAGCGUAUUUUAGGUUUUACUUCAUUUUUGUUUACAUAACAGAAAUGACAUUUUUGCAAUGCGGAAAUGCUCGCUGCUGAUAAUGUUAUGGCACACGGUAUAAUCCAUUACACUGCUAACGUUUUUAAGUCAUGGAUCUGCAAAUGUUCAUGUGUAUAGAAUAUUCGUUUGUUUGUUUGUAUGUUGAAAUUUGAUUUCAUUAGUUUGUUUUAACAUAAGUCAUGGAACUGCAAAUGUUCAUGUGCAUAGAAUAUUGAAAUUUGAUUUCCUUAGUUUGUUUUAACAUAAGUCAUGGAACUGCAAAUGUUCAUGUGUAUAGAAUAUUCAUUUGUUUGUUUGUGUGUUGAAAUUUGAUUUCCUUAGUUUGUUUUAACAUAAGUCAUGGAACUGCAAAUGUUCAUUUGUAUAGAAUAUUCGUUUGUUUGUUUGUAUGUUGAAAUUUGAUUUCCUUAGUUUGUUUUACCAUUAGUCAUGGAACUGCAAAUGUUCAUGUGUAUAGAAUAUUCAUUCAUUUGUUUGUUUGUGUGUUGAAAUUUGAUUUCCUUAGUUUGUUUUAACAUAAGUCAUGGAACUGCAAAUGUUCAUGUGUAUGGAAUAUUCGUUUGUUUGCUUGUAUGUUUAAAUUUGAUUUCCUUAGUUUGUUUUAACAUAAGUCAUGGAACUGCAAAUGUUCAUGUGUAUAGAAUAUUCGUUUGUUUGUUUGUAUGUUGACAUUUGAUUUCCUUAGUUUGUUUUAACAUAAGUCAUGGAACUGCAAAUGUUCAUGUGUAUGGAAUAUUCGUUUGUUUGCUUGUAUGUUUAAAUUUGAUUUCCUUAGUUUGUUUUACCAUUAGUCAUGGAACUGCAAAUGUUCAUGUGUAUAGAAUAUUCGUUUGUUUGUUUGUAUGUUGAAAUUUGAUUUCCUUAGUUUGUUUUAACAUAAUUUUUUUAGAAAAAGCUAUUUUUAUUUAAGCAUUUUACGAAGUCACUAGGCUAGGUUAGGGCCCACUGCAAAGAAACACAUCCCAGUUGUCAGGGAGGACUGUGAUCAGCUGUCCAGAGAUGAGCUGAAAAAACUAUUUGGAUACUAGUAGGCCUGCGACUACUUGUAAUUUGUUAUUGUUUGAGCUCUAGGUCUGUGUUAGUUGAAGUUUGUUGAAAUCACCUUUAAAUUAUUCUUAAACUUAAAACAAUCAUUUGACAUGAACUUUUGAAGGAAACUGAAUGCAUUUCUUGUUAUUUUUUUUACCGUUAAACAGCAUUAUAUGUUAACAACAUUUUUAAUGUGUUCAUUUGUGAUAUUAGUUUGCAUUAUAUGAUUUAAAUCCAACGUUGCAGGAAGUUUUAGAAGUGCAUUUCAGUCUCAUAACUUUUGAAACAAACAAGCCUUCAGUUCCAUGUUUGUUGGUAGACUUUGAAACAAUCAUUAGCCAUGAUAAACUUAGUCUGAAAAAAAAAAAUUAUUUAUGGCAUAUUUGUUCGUAGCUUUUACAUUGACGUAUUGAUUAGUAUGAAGGGCAUGUCUGUUAAUGUACAACAAUAUUGUGGUCCAUAAAUUACUCCACCAUUCCUGCUGCUGCUACUGGUGUCUGGUUACUACACUUGAAAGUUAAGUUCUACUUACAACACCCACUUUGAAAAUUUAGCCGAAAACGUCUAGAAAUCCCUUGAGCCCAAGUUGGGAUACCUAAAUGUGGGGAGAGGAGGGGGGCGUACUGGCUUUUUCUUGUCGCUUAAUUUUUCCUAAGGAUAACCUGGUCUUAAUGCAGUCUCCAGCUGACCACCUUUGACGACAUGGGGAUGGUGCCAGGAGUGAUAUUAUCUAAUAUUUGUAUUUGCAUAUCACAGGCUGGUUCAUGGGAACAUACAUCCUAUCUUUAUGAACAUAGACAGCCACUUUUUGUCGGUACACGAAACAUUUCUAUUUGUUUAUCCCUGGCUGGUUCCAGGGGACACCAAUCUUAUCCUAAUGAACAUAGCCUACCACUUUAUGUCUGUACACCCAACAUUUCUAUUUGUUUAUCCCUGGCUGGUUCCAGGGGACACCAAUCUUAUCCUAAUGAACGUAGCCUACCACUUUUAGUCGGUACACCUAACAUUUCUAUUUGUUUAUCCCUGGCUGGUUCCAGAGGACACCAACAAUCUUAUCUUAAUGAACAUAGCCUACCACUUUAUGUCUGUACCCCCAACAUUUCUAUUUGUUUAUCCCUGGCUGGUUCCAGGGGACACCAAUCUUAUCCUAAUGAACAUAGCCUACCACUUUAUGUCUGUACACCCAACAUUUCUAUUUGUUUAUCCCUGUCUGGUUCUAGGGGACACCAAUCUUAUUCUAAUAACCAUAGCCUAAUUGUCACAAUCAAAUUUCGUUCUGAUAUUUUAUUAUUCACAUUCACAAUGAGGAAUAUAUCUCACAAAAUCCGAAAACACUUAUACAUUAUAUCACAUGAAUAUUAAUAAUUUCUAGAUAAUAUAAUCUUCUUUGCUUCAUAAUGUAUCAAGACAGCAUCAGCGGUCUCUCUUCAUUCCUCUCAAAACAGACUCCAUUAUUCAACUCCUCUUUUCUGCUUGGCCAGUUUCUCCCAAGUAUAACGUCUCAUUGGAGAUGGCGUCGGUGGGUCGUGAGCUCUUAUUACCCCCGGCACCCCUCCACACGGGUCAACGCCGGGUCUCCCCACCGCCAGACCGUGCUUCCUCUCCGGGGGAAAAGGUGUUGCGUUACCUCCCCCCACCGUCCAAGGCGUUUUCCGGUCGGGAAGAAAGCUGGGAAGAAACGGGCCGCGUAGCUCAAAUCAUCGGCAAGGGUUUUGUCCGCCACCCGCAGGCCUCAUAUCCAUUAUCGGCAACAAGUAUAAACAAUCUGUAUAUUAUUUUAUUAUGUAACAAAUAUUUACAAUAUGACUCAUCUCACAUUAUCUCAACUUCUUAGUAUGACACAGAAGACAGUGGAGUCAGUUAAGCACUGGAUGACCAUAAACAAGCUCAAACUGAACGAUGAAAAGACCGAGCUGAUCCCCAUUGCUACCGCUCAGAAGCUAAAAUCUGUAAAUAACACACAUCCCUACUCUCUCAGGUGUGCAGAUUGAGUUUGCUCAACCAGUGCGUAACCUGGGUGUCUACUUAGACAGAACACUAACUAUGGAAAAUCACAUUAAUAUGCUUUGCAAGGCGAUUUUUCUAGAGCUGCGCAGAAUUAGUCACAUCAGACCUUUCUUAACGUUAGAUGCAUCAAAGAUGCUGAUGUCUGCAUUCGUGCUAUCAUGCAUGGCACUACUGCAAUCCUCUCAUGGUGGGUCUUUCGGCUACGCACCUGGAUGGAAUUCAAAAAGCACAGAAUAAUGCGGCUCACAUGCUAAAACACUUCUGAGAAAGCUGCAUGGGCUGCCAGUCCGCGCUCGCAUAGAGUACAAAAUUGAAACUCUGUGCUACCGCUGGUUGCAUGAACUGACGCCUUCCUAUCUAAAAGCGCUCAUGACGACUUAUGUACCCACUAGAUCACUCCGUUCAUCCGAUAGGGGCAAACUCUGGUUACUGCAUUGAAACCUACGCUUUUGCAGGCCCAAGAAUCUGGAACGGCCUUCCUAUCGCUCUCAGAAACAACCAGACACUGCAGUCUUUCAAAACUGAGUUGAAAACGUAUCUUUUUCGCUCUCACCUGGUGGGGUGACGUUUCUACCUCCUUUUUUUCAAGGAGCUUGCUCAUAUUCCUCGAUGUAUAUUGGCUUGCAUUGUCCAUUGGCUUGUAUGGAGAUUUUGUAUUUUUGCGUUUUGUAUAUUAUUGUGCUUUGAGCCUUAAUUAGGGACGAAGCGUGAUUUUGAAAUGAACUUUAUUAUUAUUAUUAUUUAUUUACUAAUACUUCAUUUCUGUGCACCCAACAUUUCUAUUUGCUCAUCCCAGGCUGGUUCAAGGGGACACAAAUCCUAGUCACCCUAGCUCUUGUGUUGCAGCUGGUGACUGUCAUAAUUUCGAUUGUCAAUAUCAUCAACUGCUUCCCUCACAAUCGAUUCAAAGAACAGAUUACCCGUAUCCUGUCCAUGCUCGCAGCAAUAUUUCAUGCUAUAACAGGUAUGUGAUGUAAAAUUCUUUUGUUAAAAAGUUUUCGAUUUUACAAAAAAAAUUUUUUAAAGUUGAAUCCCAAGGUAUACAGUUUAUUUUAGUCCCAUACUAAGUUGACAGCAGUCUUGUAGGUUGAUUCAUCAAACAGGGUUCGACCUUCUUGCUGGACUGAUGAUUCCAUUUCACCCAGCUAUACAGUAUAUGUUUAAAGCUGGUGUCGAUUAAAGCUUAUCUUUCCUAUAAAAAUAAAAUAAAACGUAUUGAAUAAUACAAUUUAUGAUAUAUGUCUCAUGUAUUUUAGUUUAAUUUUUUUGUCUCAUGUAUUUUAAGUAUUUUAUCCACACAAAAAAAGACAACAACACAAACCUCUACAAGAAUGCAAACAUUUAUUUUAAUAAAUCUCAGAUGGCUCCUAAAUUUAACCAAAUGUUUGCUCACUUUUGUUGACAGUAAAGCCAUCCUGUCAUUACUUUACAAUUUAUAAGAAGAAAAAAGUUGUAAUUGACUCACCCCCUGGACAUCUCCUCUCAUGUCUUACACAAUUCGUUAUUGCUCAAUCAUUAAUUCACACAUGUUCAAGACUUAUGCUAAGAUGCAGGCAGAUGUUUAUGAAUUCUUUAGAGUUAAUUUGAACCAUUUGUAUUGUGUUCAUAUUUUUUUUUUAAUUUUUUUCUUUACAUUUAUCUCUAAUCAACUGUAAAUUUAAGGCUAUUUUUAACGUUAUUUAUCUUGUAAAAUGUACGCUCAACCUCUAAAUCCUGGUUCAAUUUUUAAAUAUUUUUUUUUUCUUUUCAGGUAUUCUGCUAUCUGUCGCUGUAAUCAUGUUUGGAGCAAACGCGGAUAACUCAAGGACAUGGCUUGAAAAACCUGACCAGAAUUACCUUUCCUGGUCUUUUGGAAUUUGUGUCCUAGCGGCUUUCAUAGCAUUCAUUUCCAUGAUGUUCCAGUUCUUGGAGUUCUUCCGGCUGCGGCAAAUGCAAGGCAAGGACGGGGAGCCCCGAGUUUACCUGACCAAUCAGGGACCCGCCUCAACAAACUACGCCUACAGCCGCCAGAACGUGUCGACAACAGCAAGCUACAACCCCAGCGUUCGGCAGCCUGCCUAUGCAGAUCGUUAUUACAACAACGGGUCUCAGUCAUCGUUGAACACCAAGCCCCCCAACACGACGUUUGCAGUCAGUGGGGCAGGGGAGGUCUACAUCAACGGGCUUGCCAACUUUGAUGAGAACAGGCCGCAGAGGACGACGUCGAGGAACCCCGUUUACCAGGAUAAACGUCCCAUCGACAGCAGCGAUUCCAGGCGAGUGAUCAACAACAACGCCGCCAACAGUGCGAGGGAAGCCAGUGUCAGCAAGAAUACCGAUUACGAAGAUUCUAAAAAAAUCAAACAACCCGUCCUGCCCGAGUAUGUUCCCAAGGGUAAAGAUGUUGCCAAGAAACCUCCAAGCGAAAGCUCCGAGGAUUCUUACAGCAGUGACGAGCAGUCUGUCCGGAAGAUCAAAGGUGAUUCCGACAAUGACAAGAGCCACAAAAAAUCCAAGGGCGUUAAAUCCAAGGGCAGGUCUGACUCCGAGAAGCGAAAGAAAACUAAGGAUGCUGACAAGCGUUCGAAAUCCAAGAGCAGCAAACGGUCUGAUUCUAAGAAACGCACCAACAAACGUGACGAUUCCGAUGAUGAUGAAAGGUCCAGAAGUAAACGGAGGUCUAAAAAGGGGAGUUCGGCCAGUUCCAAACGGCGAACAUCUCAUUCACGAGACAGGAGUCAUUCACGAGACAGGAGUCGUUCACGGGACUUGAACACGUCCUACUCAGAUUCAGAUGCGGGCUCAACACGGGGCCGCUCUCGCAGGAGGCAGGAAAAGGAGUUUUCCAGAAAAGACACUAAGAGGAGGUCCGCCUCAGAGGAUAAUUCCAAAAGUAAACAAAGACAUACGCUUAAAAAGACUAAGCCUAGUGGCAACUACAGCGACGAUAACCUGUCCGGGUCAGAGUACAGCAGCAAGCGUAAACCCCAGAGCAAAUCGAGGACUCAUUCCCAGGGGAUUAAAAAAUCUAGGUCACAAGAUUUUUCCGAGACCGAAAGUGUGAAAAGCAAACAAAGCAGACGAGGGGGAGACAAACCCAAGGGAACGUACUCUAGUUAUUACGAAUAUUAAGAAUGUUAAUGGUUAAGGCCUUGUGUUUAUUAAGUAAGGAGUGACUUUCUACACAAUUGACAUCUGUUGGAUUUAUUUUCAGUUGAAGUUUGCAGGGAAGUGAAUUUUACUUUGAUUUACUCCACAGUGUUCUAUCUUUUGGAUUGAAUGUUCACUAUCUGAAUAACAAUCCGUUAUUCUACUGUAUGUUGACCUGUUUUAGUAUGGAAUGGUAACAUAAAAAAAAAGACUGUAAAUAUUCAUUAAGACUCUCAAGGGCUGUAAAUUAAAUAAAAUAAUGUCCAGUUGCUCUAUUGCAUGAUUAUGUACAGAAAAAAGUAUUUUAUCUAUAUCUUUUAUAAAUACGUUUUAUAAUAUAUGAGAAUAUACACUAAAUCCUGUAUUUUAUCUUUAGCUGUAAUGUAGUCUAUUGUUUUGUGUACAGUAUCAUUCUUCAUUUCAUGUUGUCUUAUUUAAUGUCCAUUUUAUGCCACAAAUCGUUUAAAGCAUUUUUUCCCCAUGGCCGCAAGAGAUGAAUAGAUAUAUUUAAAUUGAUUAGGUCAAUUUAGAUUAGGUUUUUUUUUCAUCUCUAAGUACGGAUAACCUAUUUUGUUCAUGUAGAUGUAAUUUGUAAAGUUUACAUAGUUUUAAGGUUAUCAAUAUGGGGCAGAGCUGAAGCAUUUAUGUGAAAUAUCUAUGACGCUAUCAAUUGUGGGACGGUGGAGGUCGAUUUUCCCUAAUUUUAACUAUCAGAAUUAUUUUUAUUAAUUAAAUGAUUGUGUAAAUUUACCUCUUGCAUCAAACAUUUAAAAAUAAUUGAUUAAUUUAACUAUGGGAAAAUUAGCAUAUUAAAACCUUUAGAAGUUAUAAUCUUAUGACAUAUUUUGGGGCUGCUUAUAAUCUUAUGCCAUAUUUUGGGGCUGCUUAUAAUCGUAUGCCAUAUAUAUAGGGCUGCACUUGAAGUCUCUUACAUCUCUUCUCAGUGUUACUUGGGUUAAUUGAUUUUUUAAAUAAUGAUUAUUUGUGAUUAUGAUACUCUUUGGACUCACCAGGUGCGCUGUUUAACCUUUUUAGAGGGUCUGUUGAUUCUUAGGCACUUGGCAUUUUGUGUAUAAUUUUUUUAAUAAAUUUUUAUGUAAAGUAAUUAUUUUUUGAUGACCCUUUAUAAACAUUUUAAGUAAAAAAUAUUUUUAUAAAAUAUGAUAUUACAAAUUUUAUAACUCUUUUUGUAUUCUACAUAGUUAUAUUUUGUAUUCUAAAGGUACUAGAAAUACAUGCCAAACAUUGGCGACAGCAAUGUGUGAACUUCCCAUCUACUAAAGUCAUUUGACAAAGCUUGCAUUCACGUAAAGCUCUUAAAAAUCAUCUCAAUUAGUGCUAACUUCUAGGAAUUUUAUUUUGAGGGCUUAUUGGACCCAGUUACAGCCAUUCAUACCUAGAGAAUCAUUCUUGAUACCCAUUAUAUUAAGACGUGAAUCUAUUUUUAAUGUUAUAAUGCUAUUCUGUCACAUUGAUUGCUAUUAAUUAUGUAUGAAAGAGGUCAGUAAAUGCUUUCAUGGCGUAUAAAAUUUUUUUUUAUGGCUAUAGAAGUGUUAUAUGAGAAUUAAAAUUAUUCUCAAAGAUGUCAUUCUGAAUAUAAAUGUUUUGCAGAAACAUCAUUUAAACUAGAUUUUUUAAAUUAUUUUUAGUAAAAAAAAAAUUUCCAACAUAGUAAGGUCACUUAAAACAGACCUUUAAAUAACUGUAUAGACUUUUUUUCUUUGUUAUAAAUUGUUAUUUUAAUUAAUUAAUUAUUAUAAUUUUUUUUUUUACUGACCUUUGACUUGGCAGCUAGUGACAGACCUCUGGGUUGGUUCAUUUUAAUGUUGAACUUAAUGAAAUGGUUCCACUGUUCAAUGAAAAUUUUGCAUUGAAUUCAUUCACUUUAACAAUGUCAUUCCAAGCAGAAACAACUCAAAUGGCAGCAUGCCAAGAGAUGUAUGUUUACUUUAUUUCAAUUUUUAAAAAAUUCUGAGGCGAUUUUUAAGUUCAAAUGUUUCAAACAUUGCCAGCAGAGAUUUAAAAAAUGGUAAUAAGGGGGAGAGACUGCAAUCAGGUUAGGUAAAAGGAAAUGAAUGCAAAAAAAAAUAUGGGAAAACCUGAAAACAGGACGAAAAAAAAAAACAAUGAAUGUGUCGGCAAGAAGCCUUCUUCAUUUAACAAACAACAGUAAAAACAAUAUAAAAUUUUGAAAAACACUUAGCUGUAAUGUAGUAUCUGAGUUGACAUCAAGGGGAAUGUGAUAUGCAGUAGAAAUGCCUUACCAUGGAGUUAUUCAGAUACAUAUACUUAAUCACCAUAAAACUUUAUCACUUAUUUUAUCACUAGGAGUAGAUGGUUAUUUGUUUAAAAACAUAAAUUUGACACUGCAUGAAUAGCUUUAUUAAUUUUAACUUACUCUACUGAUAUCCAAGGACUUUAUUACUAAUCUUGAGUUGUGAUAAGUUUCAUCAAAUUUUGAACCAGAUUAACGUAAACAGAGUCUAAAAACAAACUGAAUGUUUUUUAGUAUGAGGCCUUAUUCUAUGUUCCCAUAACUCCCUGCCUAAUACACCACGCUAUGGGGUCAUAGCUGAGAAAGGGAGAGUUGAGAGUUAGCCCCCCUUAAAGAGGAAUGACGUCCCUUGUAAUAAGCUAAUCUAAAAUUGGAACCAAUGUUGUGUUGAACAUUUUCUACCGCCACUGUGUCACGUCAUAUUAUGUUAUGAUUUGUUUUAACGGCCAUUUGAAACAAAGCUGAGAACCGCCAUUACCCAUUGUAGUUUGCUGUUCUACUCUUGUUCCUGCUACAUCUUGCCCAAACACUGACUGCCCCAUAAUAACAUCUUGACCAAACACUGACUGUCCCAUAAUAACAUCUUGACCAAACACUGACUGUCCCAUAAUAACAUCUUGACCAAACACUGACUGUCCCAUAAUAACAUCUUGACCAAACACUGACUGUCCCAUAAUAACAUAUUGACCAAACACUGACUGUCCUAUAAUAUUUCAAUAGUUUGAUCUAAUGCGUGAAGCAGGUAAUAUCCAUCAUGGAAACAAUGCAUUAUAUUAGUGAUUUUUCUUCAUUGUCAAUCUCGAGUAGUGUAUUUUUAUUAAAUCAUAUUUUUAAAAGAUUUUAUAUUAAAUGUAUAUGUAUAUAUAUCUAUCUAAUUACCUUCAAAGCAAGAGUUAUUCCACGUUGAUUUAUCACACAUGAAGUGAUCACAUUAUGAAGUAUCGAACCUGGCAUUAUUACAAUUCUAGCAACAAGAUUUAACAUGGCAUGAGUUAUUACAACUUGAUUUGAUCACACCGUGAGUUAUCACAAAUCACCAUUCUAUUUAUCUCGACAUUGCCCAUCCCUCAAGCUCGACUCCUCUCCAUCUGUGAAUAUACAUAAACACCAAUAUGUAAAUAUUUACUCUUGUUACCAUGGAAACAUUUCUGAACAAGGACAUUCCAGUUUGUACUAUAUUUUUUUUUUUAAUGUAAAAAUUUUGAAACUG